AAAAUACAAGACAUGCCCACAUGCAUGACAAAUAAAAGGAAGUGUAGGCUACAAGUUAUACUUCAGGCAUAGUUAACAACUUAAGAAACAGGAAGAUAAAGUUGAGAAAUGGUCGCAUACAGGAAAGCAGCUCUAUUGUACACCAUUAUUUGGUUUUGCCUCAUUUUAGGUACUGAAUGCUUUAGUGAUGGAUCAUACAGUAAUACUACAAGACAUCUUUCAGUUAAGAGAGGAGGAUCAGUCACUAUCCCAUGUUAUUAUGACAGGAAAUACACACAACAGAAAAAAUACUGGUACUCAGAUUCUGAUCACUCUUACACAAACACUACAGCUGGAGAUGUGACAGUAAUUGAUGAUCCUGCUCAGAGUCUUUUUACUGUGACUAUGAGAAACCUGACGGGUCAACACAAUGGGCUUUAUUAUUGUGCUGUGAUUGGUGAACAACCAGGAGACAUGACCACCGCAGAUGGGUUUUUUCUCCAUGUUAAACCUGCUCCUGAUGUCUCUGUAAUGUCCAGCAGUGUAACUGUAGAUGAAGGUGGUAAUAUCAGUGUACAGUGUCUCUACACUUCUACAUAUAAGAAUAAAGACAAACAGUGGUGCAGAUAUAAAGAUAAGAGAUGUUACACAGUGGGAAGAUCUGACACAUCCCAGAAUGCAUUAGUUGAGAUCAGUGAUGAUGGGAGUAAAUCUUUGACUGUGGUGAUGUCUGGACUGAUGAAGAGUGAUUCUGGCUGGUAUUACUGUUCUAUAAAUGUUCAACAGCCUCCUGUUCAAGAUCUACUGGUUCUUGUUCAACUCACAGUCAAAGCGGCUGCAACCCCAGACACCAGCAGUGAAAGCAACAAGAGUGCAGUGUCGCUGGGGCUUCCAGUUUCUGCCGGCCUUCUACUGCUUAUGAUUCUGGUUGGUGUUUUCAUCUGGAAAUGGAAAAGGAGAUCCGAGGAAGAUAAGAAACAUAUUAAGAUGAGGAACGACUGUGUGGUCGCUGACACAGUUUCCUCCACCCCUGAAGAUGUAGUGAUAUACAGCACCAUAAAUGAUGAAAAUCCAGAUAAUAAUAUUUCUCCAUCAGAUUCCAACAUAGAAACAACUUACUGUCUUGUUGAAGAUCCAUCUGGGCAUAAAGCACAGGUUCCAGAAGAUGGCAUCAUUUACAGUUUUGUAGAACCUCACGACCAGAAUCCAAAGGAACAAUAAGUCAUCACACCGCCUAUUUUUCUUGUUUCUUAAUUUUCUCAAAUCUCAAGACUUUCUAAACAGCUCACCAGCUCUGCUUAAAGCAUCAUGAAACCACGCCGUUUCAGCUCCAGCAGUCUACCUCACUAUCAUUUUGAAAAAUGCUACUUAAAUGGUGGCAACUGAUAUAAGAUAAGAUUUAAUAAGAUUAGCAGUAUUACAGAAAUAAUUAAACUGAAUAUAAUAUUUUACACAUUUACUUCAGAACCGUAUCCAUGUCACAACUAACUUUGUUAACAGCUAAAAAAAGUGUGUUUCAUGAUGCUUUAAGUAUUGUAAUAUCCAUCAGGUGGAGUGCCUUCAUGCUCCACCAGAGGGCACUGCCUCUUGGUCAUUCAAUACCAUUCUGCAAAACUCCCAGUAACCAUUAUUAGACUCAUUAGCUCUCAUUACUAGUUUACCUGGUUAGCUCAGUCAUUUAAAGUCCUGUCAUUGUAUUCAUUGCUAACAUUUGCUAGUGUUUCACUGCGUAAGCCCGGUUCCAGUUGUUGGUUUCUGGGCAUGGUUUGGCUUGAUUCUUAUGACCCCAUGCCUGCUUUUCUGGAUUUAUGUUUGUGGAUUAUCCAUUGAAUAAAGUUUACAUUGUAAUCCUCAA